UUUCCGAUGAGCGCCGACACGUCGGCUCGUCUUCUUCAGCUUGACCCUCUACUCGAAGCGAAAAAUCCGAAUGUUCGAAAUGAAGCGGCCGCUGCGUUCGGGAAAUUGUCAAUUUUAAGUGAAGACGUGAAAAAUAGUCUCAAAAAACACGCGGCAUCUCAACUCUGGGAGACACGAGUAUCUGCUGGAAAAGCGUUGCAGGCGACACUUCAGAAUGCUCCAGAAUUCGAACGAUUGAAGAAUGAAGAAGACUCAUCGGUAUCGGAAAAUGUCAGAAGCAUCGUUGUGAUGAACGUUUUACGAUCGUUCAAGCCACUGUUAAGUGAUGAUGAGUCGGCACUGAAAAAGUCGGAAAAAGAUCGAGGAAAUAAUCAGAAACAGCGGGAAAUUGUAGAUCAACACCUUGAAUACAAUCGGGCCACCGGAAUAAGCUCGACAAAAUUCCUCAGCGACGACGAAUUUUUGCAUCAAGGAAUCUCGGAACCAGAUCAACCAUCAACUAGUAAAGAAUUGGAUGAGGUGGUCACGAAAAUUGAGAUUUUUGAUGAAGAAAAUGGCAAUUGUGAUGAUGGAAUUGAAAGGCAAAAGAAGUUUUUGAAGGUUUUAAGGGAAUUAGUGAAUUUGGUAGCCGAGAAACAAUGGUACGCAAGGCAUGGCGGUGCGAUUGCUAUUUGUCAGAUUGCUUCUACUUCUUAUGACAGAUUAUCCUAUGAGCUAAUCGACACAAUACUCUAUCUACUGAUCCAUGUGCUCAUUCUCGACAAGUUCAAUGAUUUCAUCUCUGGCAGAAAUGCGACGGCUCCGGUUAGAGAGCAAUGUGCUCAAGCUCUCGUCCACAUGCUUCGAAAUACGGAUGAAAAGCGACGGGAGGUGGUUCUAGAGAUUGUCGUGCAGAUGGUCAGGACGCCAGGAGAAAAAAACUGGAACAUCCGCCAAUCUGGACUUCUAAUUCUCAAAUACUACUUUGCAAUCGCCCGAAACGAUGGCACCGAGCACCAAAAAACAUUCAAUCAAUGCUUCAACCUAGUAAUUCAAUCACUUGACGAUUCAGUUGAUGACGUCACAGGAUGCGCAGUAAAGACGCUUGCUUCAAUACUAUCAAAUAAAGAAAUCCCGCAAGAAGAGAUGAGCCAACUUGUGGAGAAAGUAAUGAGCCACGUUUGGAAGCUUCUGGAUUUGGAAGCAGCAAAAGAGCAGCUGCGAGCCGGUCUCGAUGCUCUUUGUAUAGAUCUACUGGAGAUAGUGGAGCUCUGGUUGCGGUGGAAUCAGCACGUGGGGAUUAGUCGGGAGAGCUUGCUGACGAUCUGUUCAACGAUCGAUGCAGCUUUUCCGGUUCGAUGUGAGAAGAUUGUUCAGCUACUGGAAGCGGAUAUUGAGAGACCGCAGAGUAAUAAGCUGUCUGCUGAAGAUGUUUUUAUAAUUAUCAAACAGUUGUACAGGAUUCUUUUAUUUGCACCGCCCGCCGAUUCGUUGCUCUUUUUAGAGAAAACAUUUAUCACGUUUAGCAAGAUUUUUAAAUGUUAUAGACAAGAUCUUCUAAUCGAAAAUGGCCUUGUGAGUCAGAAGAUUGGAAACUGGUUAGGAUGCUUACUGCUAGAUCACCGAAAUCCACAAAUCGACGUUUUCGCGUGUGACGUCGACGGAAUCUCGAGUAACCGAAGCUCGCCGACAGAGUUGAUGUGCUCAGAAGAAAUGCGAUUUCUUGGAGAAAAAGAAAAGGAUAAAGUGUAUCUUACACGGAAAAUUUUGUGCGCCAAAUUUUUGGCUAUCAUUCUGGAAGCGCUGUAUGAAUCUGAUGGAGAGAUUCAGGGACAGAGAAUAGAUAUUGCAGUUCAACUGCUCUUCAUUCCAUUCUUCCAAUCAAAAAGUAUAAUGCACAAUCUCGGAGUUUCAAUAAUCGUCAACGAGUGGGCAGCUCUUUAUAGAAGUGGAAUAACUGCUAAAACUCUCGAAAAACCUCCGCCACUCACAAUUAUUCAGCUGGCCGACGGAAUUGUUCGAGGACCCGGAAAACAGUAUGAUGAGAUGACGACGAUAGUAAUGGGUCUGACAAAAGAUUGCAAUGAAUUCAUCGAAUAUUGUGUUGUACGAGGAUUCGAUCGAACUAGCGCCGAAGCUCGUGGAGAAUCACCGGAAGAUGUCAGCAAGGCGGCCUAUUCUAUAGUCCGGCCCAAUUUGAAGACUGAAAAACAACGAGAAUCGAUUGAUUCGAGAUAUAAUACGCUGUGUAGAUCAAUUGAGAAUGCGAAGAUGAAUAUCAAGUCGAAUGGAAUCCGCAUCAACGCCCUCCUCUCCUCCACCCUCUUCUAUUUUGGAAAUGCACCCGAAAAACUGACACCUCAAAUCCGUCCGAUCGUCGAAACAAUGCAAACCGAAGAAAACGACGCGAUGGCUUCAGAAGUGUUCCGUGGUGCCGUACCGCUUCUGGUCAUGUUCAGCUGGUCUCGAAAUCCUCGUCCCUAUGUGAAAGUGUUUGCGAAGGCUUUUGAAUCGUUUUCGGGUUGCCCGAUUCGAAUGCCAAAACUCGGAGCUUCAAGCCCUGGAGCCCUGGAGCCCUGGACAACGACGAUCAUAAGUAUGCGUCGAAUAUGGGGAAAGGAGACGGAUGAUGGAUUCGAGGAGAGCAGUGGAAUGAUAUCUGCCGAGAGUCGGAAUGCGGAGCUCUUUUUGAAUAUCCUCUGCCAAUUCAAUGCUAGCCAACUCGCCGAGUUCUACUGCCACUUUGAUUUGAGCGAAGAUGUGGAUCUGAAUACCUUCCUGACUCGUCUCGAACUCCACAACAGUCUCUGGAAUCGAGUUGGAUCCCGUCUCUCCGAUCAAUCAGCCGAUAAAAUAUUUUCCCUGGUUCCAAGUGAAGAUCCAGCGAUUCGAUAUGCCUUUGCUAAAGCUAUCGAGACUUUUUUCAAGUCAUCCUGUGGAGAUACCCUUUCAAAGUGCUACAAUCGACUCGUCGUUCUAUCGAAAGAUCUUGAUAAUGUCAACUCUAGGCUGUCGGCAGUCGAAGUUUUUCUCCGUCUCUGCAUGAUGGAUACUCGUUAUUUGAAUGGUUGGGCGACUCUACUGGCUCCUGUGAUCUUUCCACUGCUCGCUGAUCAAUGUGAGACUGUCAGAGAUGCUGCUGGAGAAGCAUUCCGUCGUCUGAUCCCUGUCAUCACUCUGGAAAAUCCGGACUUUUCCAUCGAAGGAAUGAGCCAAGAGCUUUUGGCGAAGAAAUCAGAGUACUCGAAUUUCAUUAAUGUUCUCGGCUCGCCGAGCAGCUUGCCACGUGUGAUCCGAGCAGAUAUUCGUGGAGGAUUCGAUACUUCUAUGCUCAGAGAAUACCAGUUGGAAGGAAUCACAUGGAUCCGAUUCUUACGAACUUAUGGAUUGCACGGAAUUCUCGCCGAUGACAUGGGUCUCGGAAAGACUCUUCAAACGAUGUGCUCCAUUGCUCUGUCGGUUGAUAGGGAUGAGAUGAGCGAGUUCCACCGAUGUUCGCUAAUCGUGUGCCCACGGACUCUGGUAGAUCAUUGGUGUCUCGAGUGGAAUCGAUUCUUUCCGCAACGAGUUCCGGCUUCGAAAAAUUUGACGAGAUGUCAUGGAGCCGAGAUUUGUGUUAUUGCGUAUGAUGAGCUCAAAACUGCGUAUAUGAUGGAUCGUGUCUGGAACUACAUCGUACUUGACGAAGGCCACGUGAUGCGAAAUUCGAAGCUACGAGCCUGGAAGUUUGCGAGUCAGCUUGUCGGCAAAAGUCGCCUAAUCUUGUCUGGAACUCCUGUUCAAAAUUCACCCGCCGAUCUUUGGUCACUGUUCGCAUGGCUAAUGCCAGGAUAUCUCGGUUCAGAAAAACAAUUUCGAAGUCAAUUUCUCAAAAAGAUCAUGAAAUGCAGAUUGCCAAAGGCGAAUGAAGCCGACUUGAAAGCCGGCUCAGCAGCUAUAUCACAGCUUCACAAGCUGGUCCUACCAUUUGUGAUGCGUCGCUUGAAGACGGAAGUGCUCAAAGAGCUCCCGGAAAAGAAUGUACAAGACUAUGAAUGUGAGCUCACUGAAGAUCAAAAGGAGAUUUAUCGAUUUGUGGUGGAUAGGUGUACAUCUUCGCAGGAAGAUGUUGGUCUGUCAAGCCUUGUCACACUGAUCACACUUCGGAAGCUGACGGAUCACACGAAGCUUGUUCAUGACACGCUGGCGAAGAUCGGAGCACCUCAGUACAUUCUAUCGAAGGCGUUGGCUGCGAAGUCUGGAAAAAUGGAAGCCUUGAAGCAACUUCUCAUUGAAUGUGAAAUUUGCAAGAAUCCAGAUGAAGAGGUUGAGCAGCCGGAAGAUCUUGGAGGAUUGGUGGCUUCAGGUCAUCGAGCUCUGAUUUUCUGCCAAUGGAAGACUUCGGCAAAGCUGGUCUCUGAUGCUUUGAAAAGUGGAGAAUUCGGAAGUGUUGUGUCGCAUCUGGUCCUUGAUGGAAGUGUUCCGGCAGGGGAUCGCAUGAAAAUGGUCAACCGCUUCAAUGAGGAUAAGACGAUUGAUGUGUUGAUUCUGACGACACAUGUCGGUGGAGUUGGUCUGAACCUAACCGGAGCGGAUACCGUAAUCUUCCUGGACCACGACUGGAACCCGAUGAAGGAUCUUCAAGCCAUCGAUCGUGCUCAUCGUCUCGGCCAAACUCGAAAUGUCAACGUAUAUCGGCUCAUCACACAGGGAACAGUCGAGGAGAAGGUGAUGAGCCUGGCAAAGUUCAAGCUGAAUACGGCCCAGGCUUUGAUCGGUGCCGAUAAUACAUCAAUGAUGACAAUGGAGACGGGAGAAUUGAUGAAUAUGUUCACGUUGGAUGGAGAUGAAGCCAAGAAGAAGCCUGGCGGUGGUGAGCCGGCAGCGAAGAAGAGUAAAAAAUCCACCGGAGCUCCCGAAGAAGUCGAUUUGGCAAGUAUGUGGGACGAGAGUCAAUAUGACGAUUUCCAAGUGGACAGCUUCCUCCGAAACACCUAAAAAACAUUCAUAAUCUGUAUCAUUUUUCUAAAUUUCCACACGAGUAUCAUGUUCGUUUCUGCAUAUUCUACUCAUUUUUGUUUUAGAAUUUUCUUGAAAUUUCUUUUAUCAAAUAUCAUAAUUAUUAUUAGGUAUUACCGAUUUUUCCACCGUUUUUUCGUUUUUUUAUGGGUUCAAUUUUUCUCAUCUUUCCCUUGUUCCUCUAGUUUUUGAAAUCUGCAACAUUUUUUUCAGAUGCUCUCUCUAGUUGUGAAAUAAAAUAUUAAUUGAUUA